CGGAACUGAAAGCACACAUGAAGUACAAUUUAUUCAUUUUUGGGAAAACCAUAACGCAUAUUUAUUUGAUCCAUCUAGUGGUGAUGAAGCGACUGACAUUUUAAACGGAAAUAUAUAAUGUCAUUAUACCAAUCUUUUUUUAAUGCUGACCAUGCCAUUCUCAGUAAAUACGGCUUGACUGUGUUUGCCAACACCUCCAUUGCAUUUCUGAAGAAUCGCAUCGUGUAGUAUCAAGCUUGUUUUAAUGCAAGGGACAUUUUAAAGCUGAGGCCAGUUUGUGCAGAGGACCAGUGACACAGCAUAUUCAGAGUGGACGCAGCAGCAUCCACACGGGGAGCAGGACAAAAUGGCCGAUAAAAGUGACUUAAAGGCCGAACUUGAGCGCAAAAAGCAGCGCCUCGCUCAGAUCAGAGAAGAAAAAAAGAGAAAGGAGGAAGAUAAAAAGAAAAAAGAGUCAGAGACACAACAGAAAGCGGAAGCUGCCCCUGAAGAUUCAGAUUUGGACCGUAAACGCAGAGAGACCGAAGCCCUCCUUCAGAGUAUUGGAAUCUCACCCGAACCUUCAUUAGUCCCGACAUCUAUGUCCCCAUCAAAGUCUAUGAGCACGCCCAGUGAAACAGGCAGUCAAGACUCUGUGGAUGCGGCUGCAGCUGGAAGGACCCUGCAGUGGGACACUGACCCUUCCGUUCUCCAGCUGCAGGCUGACUCUGAACUCGGGACUCGAACGCACAGGUUGGGACCAUCUAAAAUAAUACAGGUGGACUUCCUUCCCAAAGAAGUGGUGUCUUACUGCAAAGAGACUCAGACUCCUCUUGCAGCCCAUCAAUCUGAAGAAGAUGAAGAAGAGGAUGAGGAGGUCACAGAACCAAAAGUUGGAACGGAAACUGAACAACAGGAAGAGGAAGAAAGAAAGGACACCAAAGACGGUCACCCUCGGGAACUGACGGAGGAAGAGAGGCAGCAGGCUCUGCACUCAGAGGAGUUCCUCAUCUUUUUCGACAGCAGCAUUCGCGUGAUGGAGAGAGCUUUGGCUGAGGACUCCAACAUCUUUUUCGACUACAGCGGACGUGACCUGGAUGACAAAGAAGGCGAUCUGCAGGGUGGGUCCAGUCUCUCUCUUUGUCGUCUGUUCUAUGAUGAGCGCUGGUCAAAGCGGCGGGUCAUCACCUGUCUGGACUGGUCCCCUCAGUACCCUGAGCUCUUGGUGGCUUCCUACAACAACAAUGAAGAUGCACCUCAUGAGCCAGAUGGUGUGGCUUUGGUGUGGAAUAUGAAAUUCAAGAAGGCAACACCAGAGUACAUCUACCACUGCCAGUCUCCAGUGGUGUCGGUGGGUUUUGCACGGUUCCAUCCGAACCUGUUGGUUGGUGGCACGUACUCAGGGCAGAUUGUUCUGUGGGACAACCGAAGCCACAGAAGAACACCCGUUCAGCGGACCCCGCUGUCUGCUGCGGCGCAUACACACCCCGUGUACUGUGUAAAUGUGGUCGGCACCCAGAACGCCAACAAUCUGAUCACUGUGUCCACAGACGGCAGGAUGUGCUCGUGGAGUUUGGAUAUGCUGUCACAGCCUCAGGAGAGCAUGGAGCUGGUAUAUAAUAAGUCAAAGCCGGUGGCUGUGACUGGGAUGGCAUUCCCCACUGGAGACGUCAAUAAUUAUAUAGUUGGCAGUGAGGAGGGAACCGUGUAUACAGCAUCAAGACAUGGCAGUAAAGCCGGUAUCUGUGAGAUGUUUGAGGGCCAUCAGGGGCCAGUGACAGGCAUCAGUUGUCACAGCGCCGUGGGCCCCGUCGAUUUCUCUCACCUGUUUGUCACCUCGUCUUUUGACUGGACUGUGAAAUUGUGGAGCACAAAGCAAAACAAGCCACUCUACUCUUUUGAGGACAAUUCCGACUACGUCUACGACGUGAUGUGGUCGCCCGUGCACCCCUCGCUCUUCGCCGCCGUGGACGGUAUGGGUCGUCUGGAUCUGUGGAACUUGAACAAGGACACUGAGGUGCCCACUGCUAGUGUGACUAUAGAGGGCGCUCCUGCGCUCAAUCGCGUCAGAUGGGCGUCUGGGGGAAAGGAAGUCGCUGUGGGAGAUUCAGAGGGGCGUGUCUGGAUUUACGACGUUGGAGAGAUGGCCGUGCCCCAUAGUGAGGACUGGUCCCAUUUCGCUCGUACGCUGGUGGAAAUCCGUGCCAACCAUGGAGAUGGUGAGGAGGAGGGGACCGGCGAGCUGUCGACGUAAAGUGCAUUUCUAAACACAGGACGAGCGUAAUUGUGAAUCCAGACCUAUGUAACACAACCAAAUAGCCUGCAUGUCCACUACUACUGUUCUGCUUGCUCCCAUUCAUGUUCAGUUGCUCACUGAAUUGUAACUUUGGCGUUCGGUUGGGUUAGGUUAUCGUGAGCUUCAUGUAUAGUUUUGUAUUGCAAGAUUUCAUGUAUUUUAUGAUCCGUCUCAUUACUGUGAAAAUGUGAAUUUAAAGAUGAAAUGCUGCUAGGAAGACAUCUUUGAUGUUGGUUUAUGGUGAGUUUUUAAAUACUUGGACUUUGUGUGUGCGUUUCUACUAAACCCUCUGCAUGAAAUGCAAAUAAUGUCAUACAUACAGUACAUAGCCAGUGGAUGCGUAUAUACUAUAUAUUCCUAUAUAUAUAUAUAUAUAUAUAUAUAUAUAUAUAUAAUUAUGUCAGUAUACUAACAGUGGCUUUCUUGUCAGUGUUAUUGUGAUGCAACAGAGUAUUAAACUCUCAUGCACUGAAAAAAAGCAACGCUCAUCUAAAGACAAGAUGUUAUAUUGUGUUAUUGAAAGUGAGAAAUAUGUGGGUAAAUUAUUGACCAAAAACAUGCUCCCGGAAGUUUUGGUUUUGAUGUUUUAAUAAACCUUGCCGUCAAUGUAUCUAUUUCUGCCGUACAGUUACACAAAAUCUGUAUUGUAUUGUUGUAUUAAACUGAUCGUACAAAUGA